AUGGCACAGGAGCUACCGCAAGAUCAAAUUUCACAGCCUGCACCAAAUUAUAGCUCUACAAUAGAAUCAUCUCAUGUAACAACUAACAGAACAUACGAAGGCCAACAAUAUGUUGUGAAUUCUAUGAAUGGCCCAACUAAUAGUGAACUAGUUAGUCCAAUGAAUAAAACUAUCAAUUUAGCAAAUCAAAAUUUAGAAAAUGGACGGACUGAGAACAUAGUAUAUCAUAAUUAUCCCGAUACAAAUGGAGACCCUCGAGUACAAAAAUCAGUGUACCCAAGCAACAGAAUUUACGUCAACAAUAACGGUCGUUAUAUACCUGCCGGUGAAGUUUACUAUGGGACAGAUAGGAGUUUUCCGUCCUACUCUCAUCCUCGCAAUAGAAAACCACCUUUGAUACCACUUGUUAGAUAUACUAAAAGUGCAUGUAACACACCAAAAAGACAGCUUGAACAGGAUACUACGAUAGUCACCAAUGGCUAUGUUUCACCCUUUGAGAGUCGACUGGCAUAUCAAAAGAACGGGGAUAGCAAUUUCCAAAACCAACUGGCUGCUGUACCAGUCAGAGAGCAAAAUUAUGGAUCUAAUAUACAGACUUACAGAGACGCGCACUUUCGGAAACAAGGAAACACAAGACUUCUAUCAUUAUUGCGUUCAAAGGUCUCGAGUAAUUCCAAUUACAUGAACAAUUCAGAUCAAAUUCCAGUACAAUAUCAACAAACUAAUCAACGAAUUAAUGGUGUGCCAAGUUAUGGCGCAUAUAAUAUAGUUAAUAGCUAUGGCCAUGUAAUGUCUGCUCCACAAAGGCAACGAAGAUCAGACAGCACUCCGCAAUUGCUCCCUAUCACCCAUCCAAGGCACAAUGAGGAAAUUAUGCCUAUUCAUACACGUAAUUCAAUACCAAAUACAAUUAAUGACGCACACCACCUCAACUCGGAAACUAACUCACACAAUGUCCAGAUAUUAGGUUAUGUGGCAGGUAAUGAAAUCGUACCUCAACUAACAAGCAACACAUCUUCUCCCAUUCUGGAGCACCCGGAAGAUAUAUCACGUUCAAACACAAUUAGUAUCAGUUCCUAUCCUAGGCAAGAUGCCAUAUAUCAUGAACAGGGUAAUACUAGAACGGGAGGUUCAUUCUUAACGGACGUGAAACAAUUACUUGUACAAAGAAGUCAGAGCUCCAGCAAAUCGGGAAGCCCUAGAUCACCUAAUCAUAAAACACCUAGCACCACAACAAGCCAUCCAGUUAGAGACACUAAAUCGGAACUGAAUGACCGUUUAAUAACAAUUAAUAAUACUACUCAAGACAGAGCAGACUAUGAAAAAUUGAACAAAGACAGCGGUAUUUUUAUUGCUAAAACACCACAAACUAAUCAGAGUGAUGACGAGUCGAGAUUAUCAGGAACUAAUAAUGAGAUAGAAAAAGUUUCACUAGGAUCUGCUCAAGUAAAAAGGGUUGCUAGCAGCCAUUACAAAAGAUCGCUUUCUGCAGAUGGCUGCAUGGAAGGCCCACAUGCUUUACGUGACGGUAUUAUUUUAUCUGGAAGUCGACAGGCUCCUAAAAUCUCUGACGAUACAGGAGUUAAGACGAAACAAACUGAAAAAUACAAUGUUAUCAAACAAAGUACACCAAGGUAUCCCGCUUCAACAUUAGAUGACAAAACAAAGGAAAUUGAAAACAAAUCCAAUGUUCCUGAAACAAAAGACUUAAAAAGUAUAACGUCAUCCGACAACAGCGAUACGGAAUACCCCAUUGCACAUAAUAAAAGUAAGGAGAUCAGCUCACAAUCUAUAACUAAAGAUCCUGAAGGUUUGCUUGACCAACAGAGUCUACAUGAAGAUUAUGGGGAAGAGAAUCCUCUCCCAAAAAUCACCGAACCUUCAAGACCAGUUAAUGAUAGCUCAACUGUGGAUAAAAGAGUCGAAAAUAAAAAUGAGAACGCUACUCAGGAAGAUAAGACUGUUGUUGAUAAUUUAAUAUUCAAGAAACAAAGCCACAUCCAAGCUAACGAUGCAGACAACAUGAAAGAUAAGGAAGUGGGCUAUCAAGAUAUUGAUCAUAGAUCUCAUCUUGCUGCAACAGAAGAUAAAAGUAAGUCAACAGAUGAGAGUAGCUUCAAACACAGUAAGAGACCUCUUCCAGAGAGUGUAGUGGAUGAUUACUUAGACCAUGAUGACUCCUCGCAACCUUUGCACAAAAAAUCUAAAGAUGCUGGAUAUGGAACAGAGAAAGAGUUUCAAAAUGAACCACAUACUGCUAAAGAUGUUGAACAAAUAUCAAUGAGCCCUAAAACAAAAGAAGUUCCUGAAAUUAAUUCCAAUAGUAAUAAUUAUACUGAUUCUUCGAGCAACGAAACCAAAAAUUUGACGACGCCAAUAACCACAAUUGACAGUAAACCUCCGGAAAAAAAUCCUGAAGGUACAAAUGUGAUGGGAGAUGAUGAUCUUGCAACCAAAAUCCUAAAUGGUUUCAACCAAAAGGCCUUAUUGGAUUCUUCUGAUGAAAGAAGUAAAUCUAACUCGUCUGGCGUUGAACAUAAUGAGGUACCGAUUGCAUUAAUUCGAGAGGAAAACAUACCGUUCAGUACAAACGUAGCUACACAUAAAAAGAAUAGAUUGAGGAAAAACAGCUUAAGCAAAUCUUCUGAUGAUCCAAUUGUGCCUGACAUAGGAAGAGAGGCCAAUCGAAGAAGUGUUUCUAGGUUGCUUAAACCCCUCAGUGGAGUUUUGAUCGAGGAUAAUCAUUACUCUACUAAAAAUGACAAUGACCAAUCUGACGAUAACUAUGGGAAGAUGCAAAUGAUUUAUCUUUCAGACGAGGACUCUGAUAUUGAAUUAUCUUCAGAUAAUAAUUCUGUGGACUCCGAUAGAAUCCCAAGUUACUUAAGAAACUAUAUUGGUUCUUCUUCUACAGAAGUUACCACUUCAUCAUUAUCCGAAUCAGCUCAAGCCUUUAAUUUUGAGAGCGAAAAAAGGCGGAUAGAUCGCUUCCUAAACAUUGAGGUUAAUGAGUACUUGGGUACUAGAAAUGCCUAUAGUAGAUCUUCAAUAUUAGAAAUAAUUAAGAAGGCUGUACCACAAUACUUGCCCUUGGAAGCUGGGGUUGAUGUUAGUGUAACAAAUGAUAUAUGUUCUGUUGAUAACUACCUGUCUUCGAGUGCCCACCUUUACCAGCAAUUACAUAAACGCGAUAAAAUGGUUACAGAUCGUUCUGAUUACUCUUUCUUAAAGAAUACUCACUUUAGCGAGUCUCCAGCUUACUAUGCUGAAGUAGACAAUCAAGAAGAAGGUAAUGAUAUUACAAGUUCUAAAAAAGGAAGUAACUCAGAUGGUGUUAGAACAUCUAAGCAUAAAUGGAGGUCCCAAUGGUUAAACCACCUUCGAUCUGCUUAUGUUUACUUCUUUGCCGAUCCAGAGUCCUUGCUUUUUGACCCAGAGAUUACUACAAUUAUUCAUGUUUUUGUCAAUGAAUUUAAAGUCAAUGUUGCCAAGGUCUUUAGCAAUGAUGUUGACAUCAUCAUUAAAAUAGAAGGUAAUAACUCAAAUAAUCAACUCUGGAAAAAUUUAGAAAGAAAGCUAGUUAACAUUCCGAAGAACAUUAGAGUGUGGGAUGUUCCAAAGGCACUGAAUUUCAUUAAAAACAUGGAUAUCCAAGCUGAUGAAUGGCCAUUAAUAUCAUCUGUUAUGAUAGACGAUAAAUCUACUGAGGAUGUAUCAUCAAGUAAUGCCUACAGGAAAAACUCUGGUAAUAGUCUCAAUAGUGACCAUAUUAGGGAUAACAGACAACCUGUCUCUAGGUCUGAUAUGUCUAAGAGUUCAGACUUCAGAGGUCAGUCUCCUCCGAGAAUCACACAUAUAGAGUCAGAGUUGGACAGUCCCAGAUAUGAUAUCAAAAUUGCCACAAACCCGAUCGAAUUAGAAUCUAUUCCAAAUAUACCUUUAUUAGUAACUAAGGAGAUCAUGACUACUAAUGAUACGCAUAUGAGUAACGUAGGCACUAAAUCCUCACAGUCGCCAAGUGCAUUAACAAGCAAUGAAGAAACUAGCUCAGCUUCGAAAACAGAGAAUCCAGAUAAGCACGAAAUAAUUGACUCAAAAACAUCUCCCGAAUCUGCUGACAAUGACUACAAAAUGCCACAUACUGCGGGAUAUGCUAACUCUGACUCUGUGUAUAGGAUUAUCAUCAAAGAGCUUACUGAUAAUUUGAUUCAAAAUGAGACAAAGUCCAUUUCAUUAAAAACAAGGCUGAGAAGUAAAGAGGAAGAGCUUUCGAAUCUGGCGAAGAAAUAUAGAGAAUUGGAAGCAAAGUAUUUGAAAUUGCAAAAGGAAUCUAACGAAGAUUAA